AUGAGCGAGGAAGAGAAGGUCAAUCAAAUCGGUUCCAAUACAGUCAACGAAUUAGUGAAAAACGAUAAAUAUGGCCAUUUAAUUUAACUCUACCUAAAGAAAGAUCCCACAAGGUAUUACCAUACUCCACCCUAUUAUAGAAUUAAAAAGUAUAAUAGCAUUCAAAAAGGCAACAAAAUAUAUCAUGUCAAUCAAGAUGUGGCUGUCUGUGCCCUAAAUGAUGAUAUCUAUUCAGCUAAACUAAUUAAAAUCUACUGCAUCAAGGAUCCCUCAAACACUUUCAUCCCCAUCAUUUAAGUUUAAUGGUAUUACUCUAAAUAGGAUCUUAAAAUUGAUUAGAAACUGCUUAAAUGCAUUUCUGAUAAGGAACUCUUCUUUUCCACUCAUUCAGAAUAUUUGCCAGCGAACAAAAUACAAGUUGGAAUCAAAGUGCUCACUUUUGAAGAAUACUCUGAUCUUGAAUUCGAAGAGGAAACCAUCUUCUUCAGUAGAGCGGCCAUUGACCUAGAUUCAAUGGAACCCAGACCCAACAUUAAAUUAUGGAAAAAGAGUUGUGUUUGUUAGUUGCCUUAAAACCCUGAUCUGUAGAUGAUUCAGUGUGAUGAAUGUGAUAACUGGUUUCACUUGGAUUGUGUUGAACUUCAAGAUCAAGACAUAACUAAGAUUGAUAAGUAUUUAUGUCCAAGAUGCAAUAAAUGA